GUCACCGUGCAUCGCCGCUGCGUCUUCGCAUUCAAUUGCCGUCCCCUCCCCGUCCGAACGCAAGGGAGUAACGACAUUGCCGAGAUCUUGGAAGAUGGAGAGCGACGAGAACCGGACGGGGCCGUCAUCAGGGAGUGCGAGCCGUGGAGGUGGUAAAGCGUGCUGCCGGUGCGGGUGGGUGUACCCCAACCCGCACCCCAGCAAGAAGCACCGGAAGGCUCACCGGAAGCACUGCGGCGCUGCGGCGUCGAAGCCGCGCGAUGAUGCUGCCGAUGUUGUCGUGGCCGUGCAUGCGAACGAUGCGGCUUGUGAGCUGCUGGCGGAUGCGGACCCGAGGAAAAAAUCUGGAGUGGUGGCGGUGGAGGAAUCGAAGCCGGAGAGGGACAGCAGAGAACUGUGUAAAGAUGCGAUCUUGGAGACGGACACUGCUGAUAAGUCUUCCAAUUCAUGUGCUUUUUGUCAUGGCAACAAGGUUCAGAGUUCUGAUGUGGAAUUCACUGCAAGUCAGCUGGAUUGCUCGACUCACUUUCAAAAUCAUUCAGUCUCAUGUGGAGUCGAUAUGAUUUGCACUGCUGAUGAUACAAAAGGUUCUUCUUACUUCCCUUUAACCAAAGGAUCUUCCCUGGAUGCUUCAAAGGAGGAAAUGGGUUGUGCUACAGUUCAAUAUGCAGUGGAGAGUGCUACCGUUGCAAAUGAUAAAAACAUUGGAAACCAUAUAGAGAAUAAGUUAGAUGCAGACAUUCCUAAAGCACUGAUCCUACCUCAUGAUUCUUCCAUCAAUUUCUCUUCAACUGACUCUGAGUUACAGAAUAAAGAUAAAUACAUGGAGAUCAGUGUAACUGUAGAUCGAGUAAAUACAGUAACCACACUGAUGUCUGGUCUUCCACAUGAGGUUUCUGAAAAUACAAUGGAACCUGAACCAAUCAACUGCAUUGCUCAAGAUAGGAUGACUGAUGUUGCAGGACAAAUGUGUCAAGUUCAACUAUCUUCCGAGGGUGGACGAUGCACUUUGGAAAUUAAUGCUGGUGAGCCUUUUGAAAUUUCUGCUCAUUCCUCUGGAUGUGAGUAUCAACUUGGCAAACCUGCUAACUCUUUGGCAAAUGAAAAUGAGCUGGAGGAUUUGUUUAUUUCAGAAGUGGCAUCAACCACACUUCUCGUGGAAGCUUCUGACAUGAAGCCUGGGUCUCCUGAAGAUUGUGGGUUGGUGGGGGCUGCUGUCACCACUAUUUGUGCAAACUCUCAAGUAGGAAAUGAGUUAGGUGAACGCAUAAUAAAUGAUGUUCCCAAAGUAGUUCCAUCUGAGUUGUUAGUGGUAGAAUUUGAUAAGAGCGUUGAUAAUUUUCUUUCAACCUUGCCAUUUAACAAAGAAUUUUCUCUCCACAUAGAAAAACUUAAUGCAGUUGAAAACAAUGGGUCAAUUGAUGAUCAAGAUGACAUGUCCCAGUUGGUCAAUAUAUUUGAAUGUGAGUUUCAAUGUCCUGAGGAAGAAACAGAUUGGCUUGGAACACAUGAACAAGUUGCAAUUGCAGGAUCACCGGUAGACCAAGCAAUGGUUUUAGAUAGUUGUGUUACUAGUUCAUGUGAAAGUUUUCAUUCAUCGGCUGGAAUUGAAGCACAAAAAAUAAAUUACCUGACUGAAGGGCAGGAUAUUUACAUAUCUUAUGAAGGAUCCUUAGCUGAUAGUUUGGGAGUUUCGGACUCAGGUCUUGCAGUCUCUGGUGUUAUCCAAUCUAGUAUAGCAUUUGAAGUAAGUGAUAAGAAUCAAAAUGUGAGCCAAGAAACAACAGAAGUUAACAAUUAUGUUGUGGUAGAGGAGAAAAAACAUGAAAUGGGUAAGGAAGAAAGUCUUUACAUGGACUCAAAAGAAUUAAGUUCUUGUCAAGACCCAAAAUAUGAUUCUCAGUGUAAAUGUUAUGCCUCAGAAUUGAUGCCUUCACUUGGAGAUGAUAUUGAAAGGAUGGAAUUGCAAAACCACAAACAUGUCGUAAGCACGACAACCGAGGAGAUCAGUUCCAGCUACACAGAUAGUAUUUCCAAUUAUUACUUGGAUGAGCCAGAUCCCCGAGAAGCUACUGAGGGUAGAUUCAUACAAUUUGCUGCUGGUGAUGAAACCAAUGAUCAUCCUGAAAGGCAGGCAGAACCUUGUGUCAAUGAAGCUAUAUUCGAGAAUGUAUUUCUUGUUGAGCAUUAUGAUAAACUGGAUCUCCACAAAGAUGAAGUUGACAAUGUGCAGACAUCUGGUUCUCAGCUUAAACAAAAGAAUCUUCUUGUGGUAAGAAGUGUUUAUCCUCUGAGCAGUGAUGAAAAUAACCCAGAUAACCCAUUUGUUACAGAUGUUCAGAUCCCUAGCAUUGACAAAGAAAAUAGUUUUGCCAAUAUACAUAAUGAACAGCCAAACCCAAAUGAACUCGGUGAAGUCGGUUUGUGCCAUGAUGGAGAAGACCAUAAGACUGAGGAAUGCUCCACUUCAGAAGAUGUGCAAUCCAUUGUUGGGAAACCUGAUUCUGAUUCAAGAACCAGUGAUACAUCUGGAGUUCCUUCCAGCAGCUUUUAUCAUUCUUCAAAAGAAGAAGAUAUUUAUGUUGAAUCCAUGCAAUGUGCUGAAUUAUGCACUCGAAAAAUAGAUGACUCAGCUGAUUCAAAUGGCCAAAGAGCCAGCACUGAAGCAUCAUUGGUCUCUGUUUCAGAUGGAGCGAUUCCAUUCCUAAGUUAUUCAGCAAAGGGAGAAUCCAAUUUUGAUGGAAAAGCUUCGCCAAUUACAGAUUCCCAGACCACAAGGGAUCUACAAACUUCUGAUCCAGCAGCAGGGGCUCUUUUCAAAAGCGAUGUUGAUAGCAGUGAUAUGGUCCAUCUUUGACAAUCCUUGUGGAACCUGGUCGGCGAUCUGAACCUAAAGGAAGAAAUGGUAAUGAAGAAAAUGCUGCCAAGGAGCUGAACUGGAAUUCUGGAAAACCAUAUGUUAUGUUGAAGAAUCUCCUUGCUGAAGCAGACACUGAGAGUGAACAGAAAGUACCCUUUGGCCGAGGCCACAAUGCAUCAUUGACUUCCAAGAGAAGGAAUGGUUUGCAAGAUGAUGGAUAUUCUCUUAAACCUGCAACAUCUAAAGUAGUUUCUGAUAAAUCUAAUGAGCCCUUUGAUAAUCAAGUAGAUCACAGUGAAUGGAACUCUCCUGCACGGCUCCCUGUUACCCAGCAUGUUAAAAAGAAAGUAAAAGGGAGGCAAGCCUGGGUGCCAUUCAUUUGUUGUGCAUCCAUG